AUGGAAGAAGCGAAGGCUCAUCUAAAAGAGCAUGGUUGGGUGAAGAUCCCCUCCGUCCUCUCGAGCGAGGAAGCUGAAGAUGCCCUCAAUCGCCUUUGGGAAGCCAAAGCUGCCAUCGAAGCGACCGGCGAGGACACAUUCCAACCCGUGUUGGAUCCCAACCCUGCCAAUGUUCGCGUCUUUUAUCUUCCAGAGAUAGAUGAGUACUGGCGAGACAUGCUUGUCAAUCCGACCGGACUAGACCUGGUCAAGUCCCUGCUGGGCGAACAGGUGCUCGUCAGCAACUUCUCCGCCAAUAUCGCUCGUCCCGGCGCCGAGAGCAUGGCCCUCCAUUCCGACCAGAGUAUUGUCCUUCCAGCGCCAUGGCUGGAUAUCUGGGCAGUCAAUGUCAUUUGGUGCCUGACUAGGAUGACAAAGGAAAAUGGUGCGACUUUGUAUAUUCCCGGUUCAAACAAGUGGACCACCUGGGACGAUGUGCCGGCUAAUGCACCUGAUUUGCUCGUCCCUUUCGAGGCGGAUGCUGGCGAUAUCGUUGUUAUUGAUGGGCGUCUGUGGCACACUUCCGGUGCAAAUGUGACCAAGGAAGAGGAUCGCGCCAUUCUCUUUGCCUAUUACUCCGCGCCUCAUAUGCGACCUCUGACAAACUGGUCGGCUAAGCUGCCAAAGGAGCUUCAGGAAACACUGAGUCCGCAGAUGAAGGAGCUCCUUGCGCUAAGCCAUAUUGGAUACAUUGUGAGGGGCGAUCUCACUUAUAUGGCUCAGAAGUACGCACCAAAAAGUAAUAUCGCGGCGGUUGGCGCUUGA